AUGAACUCUCCAGUUACUUCUAAUUUUUCGCAAUACUACUAUUAUCAACAACAAGGUGUUCAACCACAACCAAUACCACAUGGUGACCCAUCAUACUAUAAUCCACAACAUCAACAACUCCCACAAGGUUAUUAUUAUAUGAACCAACCACCACCACCACCACCCCAACAACAAAAUUUUCAAAAUCCACACGUUCUCAUAGGUCCUGGUCAAUCAUUACCAAUGUAUGAUGAAAACAAUGCUUUGAUAAAUAAAAGAAGAAUAAUCAAACGAAGAACAAGGACAGGUUGUUUAACUUGUAGAAAAAGAAGAAUUAAAUGUGAUGAAAGAAAACCAACUUGUUUUAAUUGUGAAAGAAGUAAAAAAGUAUGUUUAGGUUAUCAAGAUUUACUGAAUCUACAACCAAGGAAACGAAAUAGAGAUACUAGUUUAGAUUUACCUAAAGAUGAUCAAAAUGAACAACAAAUGAAACAUAUAAGAAGUAACAAUGUUAAUAAUGGUAUUGAAAGAAGAAAUUAUGAAAUGAUGAUGGUUCCUGCUGGAUAUCAAGAAAUGGUUAAUAAUAGUAAUACUAAUAAAAAUCAUUCUUCAGGAAUAUUACCUCCUAAUGGUCCUCCUCCUCCUCAUCAUCAUCCCAUUCCUAUUUCUGAUCAACAACAACAACAACAACAGCCGGUGCCAGUUCCAGUACAACAUCUAAAUCCUUGUUAUGUUACUACAAAUCCUGCUCCAAGAGUGGCAGUUUCUGAUUUACUCAAAUAA